CAGUGUGCUCACAUUCCGUCACACACACACACAGUGUCAGUCACAGUUUCACAGAGGCGGUUAUCUUAAGGAACUUACUUUCUUGUUACUCUCAAGACCUAACUGUGGACUUGUAUAUAUCUUCAUUUUAACAGCUCAUCACUUCUGACUCCAAGGUAAAAUGUCCCGCCCCAGCACUCUGGAUUUAGACCGAUCCAGCAACGCGGAGAGAGAACGUCGCUCCACCGGCCGCGGCCAAAACAAGACUCAGGCUAAACGCGACGAGGCCCUGUGCGACUUCUGCACCACCAGGAAGCAGAAGGCCGAGAAGUCCUGCUUGGUGUGCCUGGCGUCUUACUGCGAGAUUCACCUCCAGUCUCACUUCGACUACCCAGCGCUGAUGAAGCACAAACUGGUCAAAGCUACCGGGCAGAUGAGGGAGAAGGUCUGCGCUCAGCACGACAAGCUGCUGGAGGCCUUUUGUCGUAGUGACCAGACAUCCGUGUGCGUCCUGUGUAUGAUGGAUGAGCACAAGCACCAUGACAUCGUCCCGGCUGGAACCGAGAGGACGGAGAAACAGAAACAACUCGGCACCACCCUGCACAAAUCCCAGCAGAGAAUUGACGAGAGGGUCAAAAAGUGGCAGGACCUCCGCCAAGCAGUGGAAGCUGUCAAACACUCGGCCGAGUCGGUCCUGGAAGAGAACGAGCGGAUCUUCACGGAGCUGCUGCUCUCCCUCGAGAGGAAGUACAACGAAGUCAAGGAGAUGGUCCGCUUGCACGAAAAAACCACGGUGAACCGCGGGGAAAUCCUCCUCAACCGCUUGGAGGAAGAGGUCACCUUGCUGAAGAAGAGACAUAACGACCUGGAGAAGCUGUCGCACACUGACGACCACAUACACUUCCUUCAGAGUUGGCAGUCUUUAUCCGGCCCUUCGGGUUACGAGGACCUGAACAACGUCAGCAUUGCUCCCAAUUUCUCUUUUGAAGCCACCAAGAGAGCCAUCGCCGCCCUGAAAUUACAAGUGGAGGAAAUCAGCAAGAAGGAGACCAUGAAAAUCUCCACAGCCGUAAAAGAAGUCUACAUCACCGAAGACAGCGAGAAAAAAUCAAGGCGGGAGUCGUCGUUUGUCACAGAGCCGAGGAUGACGGAAGAUCCAAAGACCAGAGAAGAUUUCUUGAGAUAUUCUUGCCAGCCAAUUCUGGAUGUCAACACUGUGCACCGCAACCUUUAUCUCUCUGAGGGCAACCAGACGGCCACGAUGAAGAGCGAGCCUAAGAACUACCCCGAUCACCCGGAACGAUUUGACCACUGGCAGCAGGUGCUUUGCAAAGAAGCCCUGGCCGGGAGUCGCUACUACUGGGAGGUGAGCUGGAAGGGAUCGGAGAUUGACAUGGCCAUCACCUAUAGGAGCAUUUUCCGAAAAGGGAACAACAACGUGUGCAGUCUAGGCUGGAACGACAAAUCCUGGAGCCUCUACUGCUCCGAGUCCAAGUUCUCCUUUGUUCACAAUAACAAGAGCACAAACCUGCCCGUCCCAAGGUCGUCUCGCAUCGGGGUCUACUUGGAUCACCCGGCGGGGGUGCUGGCGUUUUACAGCGUGUCCGAUGUCAUGCAGCUUCUGCACCAGGUCCGCACUACUUUUACUGAAGCUGUGUACCCUGCUUUCAGUGUGUGGGGCUACGGGACCACCGUUAGACUGAGAUGAGUGAUAUCUAAAUUGGGAUACAAUAAUUGACAUUAUUAAUGAUUUGAUCCAUCCAUUCUGAGCUAAAAAUUAAUCCAAGAUUUUAAACAAUAUUUGCUGGCUGCCCAUGAUCAAAGCAUGAUUUUUAAUGGUCAUAUAGUUAUUAUAUUAGUUUAAUUAAUUCAUUAUCAGUCUUUAUUGACUCUUGGCCAAUAACAAAAUAAACAUUUAUAAAAUGA